UCCGAUCCGUUCCGAUUGGGUCAAUGUCUGGUGUGCGUCCGCCGACGUUUUCCAAAAUGGAGUUGUGAAUUUUUGAUCGAAACGAAAUUUACAGACGACACCGUGCGCGAGUGUACGCUCUUCGCAUCUUCUUCACCGUUUCGUCCAGGCCGCGCGCACGCAGUGGAUUAUCGCCGCCUCCCCGUUGACGAAUGUUCGCGCGCCGACCUGACUGACACCGCAGUGUGGAAAUAAUAUAUUACUAUAGUUAUCGUUUAAUACGUCGACGUUAAAUUUCCAAUAAUCGUACGGUUUUUCUCGUACUUUCGUACCUCCCUUUCCCACGCUCACUGUGUGUAUCCGUCUCUUUUCUUUCUCACAUUCUCUCUCUUUCACUCCUUUCCGCGGCAUAUAUUGAAAUUUUCGCGGCGUCGAGUCCGGUCUGUUAACGCGGCGUACCGUGCGCGCGUGUGUUCGCCAGUGUGUGCGUGUGUGUAUAGUUGUUUUCCAAUGUGCUACUCUGCCGCCGCCGCCGCCACUGCCGCCACCACUACUACCCUCGGGUACCUGGUAGUAGUGUAGUAUGUGGGCCGCGAACCAGGCCAGAUAGGCGUAUCAGAAAAAUUUCUUCUUUUUUUUUUUUAUCAAUAAAAAAAAAUUGUCGAGCAAUAUAUCACGUUUACUUUUUGUCGUUCCGAUUUUUCUCCGGCACACAUUUUGUACCAUCCGUAUAUUUCUUCCGCGCACCCAAUUAAUACGAAUUAUGUAAAACCAAAGAGCUGCCCACCCCUCCGCACGCUCAAGAGUCGACGACGACUAUCAUCUAUUACGGCGAUCGACUUCAGAGCUCUUCUGAGAGAACUCAACAUUUCACACCAUCCGCCGCCUGACGUCGUGUGGUUGUCAUGAGCGGAAGGCCCAGGACCACUUCCUUUGCUGAGGGAAACAAAACGUCCCCGAAUCCACCUUUGGGCGGAAUUAAAGUUAUAAGUAAAGAUGGCAGUAAAGUCACUACGGUUGUGGCAAAUCCUUGCCAAGGCCCCGAUCGACCCUUGGAGGUGUCAUAUACAGAUACAAUGGUUAUUGGUAACGGAAGUUUUGGAGUUGUGUACCAAGCCAAAUUAUGUGAUACAGGAGAAAUGGUUGCUAUUAAAAAAGUUCUUCAAGAUAAAAGAUUUAAAAACCGUGAAUUACAAAUAAUGAAACGUUUAGACCAUUGUAACAUAGUGAAAUUGAAAUUUUUCUUUUAUUCAAGUGGUGACAAGAAGGAUGAAGUUUACCUAAAUUUAGUUUUAGAAUAUAUACCAGAUACUGUGUAUAAAGUUGCUCGUCAUUAUAGCAAAUUAAGGCAAACUAUUCCGAUCAACUACAUUAAGUUGUACAUGUACCAGUUAUUUCGAAGUUUGGCAUAUAUUCACUCAUUAGGCAUAUGUCACCGUGAUAUCAAGCCUCAAAAUUUAUUAUUAAACCCUGAAACUGGGGUGUUAAAGUUGUGUGAUUUUGGCAGUGCUAAGACUCUUAUCAAGGGUGAACCUAAUGUUUCCUACAUAUGUUCAAGAUAUUAUCGAGCACCUGAACUGAUUUUCGGUGCUAUAGACUAUACAACAAAAAUUGAUGUAUGGAGUGCUGGUUGUGUAUUAGCAGAACUCAUGCUAGGUCAACCAAUUUUUCCAGGUGACUCUGGUGUUGAUCAAUUAGUUGAGAUAAUUAAAGUUCUAGGCACACCAACAAGAGAGCAGAUUAGGGAAAUGAAUCCUAAUUAUACCGAAUUCAAAUUUCCUCAAAUAAAAUCGCACCCUUGGUCAAAAGCGUCAUUUAUAAAGGUUUUCCGUAUGCGGACGCCAGCAGAAGCUGUUGAAUUGGUGUCUGUAUUACUUGAAUACACUCCAUCACUUAGGGUGUCUCCAUUACAAGCAUGUGCUCAUGCAUUCUUUGAUGAGCUACGAGAUCCACUACAUAGAUUACCAAAUGGACGGUCAUUACCUCCACUUUUCAAUUUUACACAACUAGAAUUGAGUGCAGCUGGAUCUUUAAAAUCUGCUUUGAUACCUAAGCAUUUAAAAGAUUCUGUUGGAAGCGGAAAUGAAGCAUCUGCUGCUAGUGGUGGACCAUCCACCCCUGAAAAUAUUAAUCCAGAUAGUCCAAGUCAUCCGUCAUCAUCGACUACUUCCAGGCAACCUUCAAAUGAAAUUGUUUAAAAGCGCGACCAAAAAUAUGCCUUGGCAAUCAAAUCACACAAACUUAUUAAGGUAAUGUAUAUGUACACCAAAAUAAAAAACUUAUAACAAA